AUGGUUGCAUUAGCUGUUUCUUCGUCCGGUAUUGCUUCGUUUCGCCGGCAUUAUAGCUUUCAGUUAAGUCCACGAAACCCGCUGAUUCGUGCAACGGCUUCGUCUUCCUCGGCUUCUCCUGGGGUUGAUUUGAGUACACUCGAGUCCGCAAUUAACAAGAAAGAUAGUAGUGGUGUGAAGGAGGCUUUGGAUAGAUUGGGUGAAGAAGGUUGGGCUAAGAAAUGGAGUUCUCAGCCUUACAUGUCGCGUCGUACGACAUCGCUUCGGGAGCUGACAACUCUUGGAAUCAAGAAUGCAGAGACUCUUGCCAUCCCUAGUGUCAGGAACGAUGCUGCUUUUCUUUUCACGGUUGUCGGAACAACCGGGUUCAUAGCUGUACUUGCCGGACAACUUCCUGGGGACUGGGGAUUCUUUGUGCCUUACUUAGUUGGGAGCAUCUCAUUGGUUGUAUUAGCCGUGGGGAGCGUUUCCCCGGGGCUUCUUCAAGCUGCCAUUUCCGGGUUUUCGACAUUCUUCCCUGAUUAUCAAGAACGUAUUGCCGCACAUGAAGCAGCCCACUUCUUAGUGGCUUACUUAAUUGGACUUCCAAUCCUCGGCUACUCGUUAGAUAUUGGUAAAGAACACGUCAAUCUCAUCGACGAGAGGCUAGCUAAACUAAUAUACAGCGGCCAGCUUGACUCAAAGGAGCUUGAUAGGUUGGCUGCUGUUGCAAUGGCUGGACUUGCCGCUGAGGGUCUGAAGUAUGACAAAGUGAUCGGCCAAUCUGCGGAUCUGUUCUCUCUUCAGAGGUUCAUCAACAGGAGCCAACCUAAAAUCAGCAAUGAACAGCAGCAAAAUCUAACUAGAUGGGCUGUUCUUUACUCUGCUUCUCUUCUGAAGAACAACAAGACCAUCCAUGAAGCUCUAAUGGCUGCAAUGUCCAAAAAUGCAUCUGUUCUUGAAUGUAUCAAGACCAUUGAAACAGCUUUAUAG